CUACGCCGCGCGCGAUGUACCGUACAUAAAGGGAUGGAUAGCGUUCGUGGAUAGAAUAACCAGAAUGUAGUUUAGGAUACGCAGUUUAGUUUAUUCGCCGCCGGCCGGUCGCAGACACUCGUCGUCGCAACGUGUCUCUUUUACACCGCGUUUACCCGCGUUGACUCUCACGUUUUCUUCGUCGGAUACCAUUGCGAAGCGUCUUAAGAUAGAUUUUCUUCGUCUUCGUCGGACGCGCUCCUCGUUGAAACAAAUGUGAACGUAGAAACUGGGCAUAGAUGUGAAUAAUUUCGACGAUUCUCAUUUGUACCCCCGCAAAAAAACAAAUAUUGAUUUUUCAAAAACAACAUUUUCUUUUCGAACAUUGAACAUUUUUAUUAGUUCGACAUUAAUUGAUUCGUAACGAGUGCACGCUCUUGCUGUUGCCUCAAGUGUUCUCAAAACGCAUCAAUGAAUGACCGUUUCGUACAUGUGCGAAUAACAUCUACGCUUCUGCGACGUCUUGACGCGAGAAAAUGGGAAACACUGAUAGCACCCACGACGUGGAAAUGAGUUCGCUGUCGGAAGGAGUGACAGUGGCAGACAGUCAUCCUCACAUUAGGAGAACGCCAAUGCGGCCAAUAAUAGCGGAAUACGAGCCAAAGAAGCAAGGUGUGAAAACAGAACUCACAGACGUGGUGCUUGUCAAAUAUAAGUGUGAGAAAAAUGACGUGCCCAUUACGGUCACGAACGGCUCGACUUUGCCGCUCGUGGAACGACCAACGGACGAAGAGGCCGCUCUUUACGACCCGUUUGAACACCGCAAACUUGCUCAUCCCACUUCGGACCUCGAUACUCUCAUACAUCUGCUCAAGGGUAGUCUGGGCACGGGCAUUCUCGCGAUGCCAAUGGCCUUCCGCAACGCCGGUCUCGCUUUCGGUCUCUUUGCCACUUUCUUUAUCGGCGCGGUUUGUACCUACUGUGUCCAUAUACUGGUCAAGUCCGCUCACCUUUUGUGCAGACGAUUGCGGACACCUAGUCUGGGAUUCGCUGAUGUUGCCGAAGCAGCAUUCUUGGUGGGGCCGGAGCCUGUUCAGAAAUAUGCCAGGCUCGCCAAAGCGACAAUUAACUUGUUCCUGGUGAUUGACCUGAUUGGUUGUUGUUGUGUGUAUAUUGUCUUCAUCUCGACUAACCUCAAGGAAGUUGUGGAUUAUUAUACAGACACGGAUAAGGAUCUACGAAUGUACAUGGCGCUGCUACUACCAGCACUCAUCAUUUUCUCUCUAGUGAGAAAUCUCAAAUAUCUUGCGCCGUUCUCCAUGGUAGCGAAUGUGCUAAUUGCCACUGGAAUGGGCAUUACUUUUUAUUAUAUCUUUCACGAACUGCCUGCCAUUAACGAUGUACCAAAAUUCUCGAGCUGGUCCCAGUUGCCGCUCUUUUUUGGUACCGCUAUCUUUGCUCUAGAAGGUAUCGGUGUUGUCAUGCCUUUGGAGAACAACAUGAAGACACCAUCACACUUUAUCGGCUGCCCAGGUGUUCUUAAUACCGGCAUGUUCUGCGUUGUAUUGUUGUAUACUACCGUCGGUUUCUUCGGUUAUUGGAAGUAUGGCGAGAACACAAAGGCAUCCAUAACGCUAAAUCCUCCUCAGGACGAGGUUUUGGCGCAAUCCGCUAAGAUGAUGAUUGCCGUUGCGAUUUUCCUCACUUAUGGACUACAAUUCUACGUGCCUAUGGAAAUCAUUUGGAAAAACGCCAAGCAAUAUUUCGGUUCCCGGAGAUUGCUCGGCGAGUAUAUUCUUCGUAUUUUGUUGGUAAUCUUUACUGUUUGCGUGGCGAUUGCUAUCCCUAAUUUGGGCCCAUUUAUCUCUCUGGUUGGAGCUGUGUGCUUGUCUACGUUAGGUCUCAUGUUCCCAUCGGUUAUCGAAUUAGUGACAAUGUGGGAGCAGGAAAACGGCCUCGGCAAAUGGAACUGGCGGUUAUGGAAGAAUAUCGCCAUUAUCGCCUUCGGUGUAUUAGGUUUCAUUACUGGCACAUACGUCAGUAUACAAGAAAUAGUGGAGAACAAAUGAAAUCGACCAAGUCUGGGAAGAAGAGCGGAUCACAACGGCCGCUCGCUUAUAUCACUCGUCGUUCGACAUUGCUUGAACCACGAGUAUCACGAGUAUGAGCGGAGCAUGCGCGGAAGUGGUCGUCGCGACGUCAACGACGGCAAUAACAAUGCGACGCUGUCGACGGUCAAGUACGGGAUGCAAUUCUCUUCGAUUUUUCUUAUUCUGUUGGUAAGCGUAACGCGCUAUCAGCAACGACGACAACGAAGAUAUUUGAACGAAUCUUCGCGUGACUUGAAUUAUCAUUAAUUAUUUUUUUAACAUCAAACAGGUUUGUAUUACGCGCAUCGUGUACGGUCGAUCAGAAUUACGAAAAGCUCAUGACAGGACACCCGAUGAUUUGUCAUUACUUAUUAUUGAUCAGCAUUAUUUUUAGCAAAAUACUGAUUGAUGCAAGAAACACGAUCAAUUAAACAUGAGAGGAAUAUUGCAUAUCUAGUUUUGAAAAAAAAAAUAUUUUUUCUCUAUAUUUAUAAUAGUACCUUAUCAUAGUAAUUAUAUUUCAUUCUCUCGAAAAUCGCAAUUUAUUAUUUUUCACUACAUCUUUAAUGAGCACGAUCUUUAAAUUAGAUUUGCAAAAAUUUGUUUUUAUAUCUUAAUUCAAAACAUGUUCAAAACAUGUAUGAGAUAGUUAUACAAUAUAUUAGAAUUAAUUCUAUAGACACUCAGCAUUCAUUGUGUGUUAGUUUCCAGGAUUAAAUUCCAAUAUGACUAUUACAUUAUUUACGAUCACAAUGUUUCAUUAUGUUCUUAAUUAUUAUUUAAUUGCGCGAUAUCGACCGUACUAACAGCAUAUUUUUCUGCAGAUUGUGUGAUCUGUGGAACGGUUUUCUGAAGUAAUAUGGGUAGUAUUUCCUGAGUAUAUACAUAUCUUGUGUAUAUAUACUGAUACAUGUAUACAUUAUAGGUAUACUAUGUGUAUAAACAAAUAUACACGAAUUACCCAUUGUGUUUUGUUGAAAAAAAACAGGAACCACAAUUAUUACAUCCUUAUUCGAUCGAUCAGAUUAUUAUUAUUAUUAUACAAUAAUGAUCUCAGAUAUACAUGCAUGAUUACGCAAGCCGCAGAUACAAGUCUUUGUCACUCUGGUUACAAGCAGAGAUAUUGUAUUAUAUCUUAGUGCAUCCAAAAGAUAUUUCAACAAAUAUAUUUACGCUAAAUAAUAUAAGAUCUUGUUUCACGUUCGAAUUAUUAAAUAAUCCUUAUUUGCUAAUAAUUGUUUAAUAAAAAAAUGAGCGACAAGUAAAACUUUAUACUUAUGUUUUAAUCUUUUUCUAUGUCAUUGAUGUUGAUCGGAUUUCUUUUAAAGUGAGUGACAAUAAAACAUCUUCAUAUAUAUAACAUAUAUAUAUUACUAAAAAAUCAAAUGGUGACGUACUAUGAUUCAUUGUAUUUCGAGUUUUUAUAUGAUUGUGUUAGUAUCACUAAAAGUUUAAUUUAUGUUUAAUAUAAUUUACAUAUAUUUGUUAAGAAGCGAAUAGUCAAUUUUACAAGUUUUGUAAAAUUAAAUAUUGUCAAUGCGGUUUGCAAGUGUCUGAGACCUAUAUAUUAUAAGAAGACGAUCUGUAAACUAUUGUGGUAGGAGAUCGUCGAUUAAUUGUCACAUUGAUUUCUCUUGAACGUUGAUCGAUGUUUAAUUUUAAAAGAAAAAGAAGUUAAAAUUAUAUAUCUAUUUAUCUUGUUCAUGUAUACAUAUAUAUAUAUAUAUAUAUGUACAUAUUAUGUAGAUUUAAUACGUUGAUGAUAAAGUAUAUAUUAUAAAAUAUAUAUUGUACGUUUUUUAAAAUGUGUCUUACAAACAUGAACGUAUCUCAUCUAGUACUUAUCAUUUGUAGUUCGAAGAAAUUUAUUUUUUUAAAUGAUGCGUUUUAGAUGUGAUGAUUAAUCAACGAAAUUCCCGCACAAAUUGCUGAUCUGUUCCUAGUGCAUGAUGCACACAAUCGUACAAAGAAAAUUAAUCCUUUAAGAGUGAUAAACAGAAGAAUGCGUAGUGUGUAAUACAUAUGUCGUGAUACUACUAGUAUAUCUAUUGCUAGUCUGUAUGAUCGCGAGGCAUCGUUGCGCUAUUUCAUUAGUAUGCGAGUAACAAAGAAUGUUUGUUAACUACUUACGAUAUAUUGAUCAUCGAUAACACUUGCGAUUCUUUGAUAAUUGAAAUUGUUUUCCACUUUGAGAAUAAGCGAUAAAUUUUACAAAAAAAAUUUAAAAACCAGUUUAUACACUCAAUAAAAAACAUUAGUAGUAGCAGUUUUCAGGAAAAAUAGGAAUAAAAUGUUCGAAAAUGUUUUCAAACUAUUACAGAUACUGUGUGUAAGAAAUUAAAA